AGCCGUGUGGGUAGCAGCAGGCUAUAUAAGCGGCGGGCCGGCCGCCGCGGGGCAGACGGCGGCAGCGGCGGAGGCGAGCGCCCGGGAUCUCGGCGGAGUAGCGACCCGGGAGCCCCGCGCGCCCCCCGCCAGACCGGCCUUCCGCCCACCACCCCGAGGAGCGCCGACCCGGGCCCGCGAGGGCCGCCGCCACCCCGCAGCAGAUUUGGAUCCCCCACCCGGCGAGCCCCAGGCUGCUGCCCCCCGGGGGGCCCCGGCGCAGCGGCCGUCCCCGGACAGCCCCGCCGCCCCGCCGCCCGGCCCCGAAGACGCCGGCAGCGCCAUGGCGGCCGCCAAGCCCGGCGAGCCGAUGGGCAUCUGCUCCAGCUACCAAGCGGUGAUGCCGCACUUCGUGUGCCUGGCCGACGAGUUCCCGCAGCCCGUUCGGCCCGCCAAGCUGACCAAGGGCAAGGGCCGGCUCCGGCGGCCGCGCCAGUCCCGCUUCAAGACGCAGCCGGUGACCUUCGACGAGAUCCAGGAGGUGGAGGAGGAGGGGGUGUCUCCCAUGGAGGAGGAGAAGGCCAAGAAGUCGUUCCUGCAGAGCCUGGAGUGCCUGCGCCGCAGCACGCAGAGCCUGUCGCUGCAGCGGGAGCAGCUCAGCAGCUGCAAACUGAGGAACAGCCUGGACUCCAGCGACUCCGACUCAGCCCUGUGAGGGGCGCCGCCAGCAGCGGGGACUCGCACGCCUCCGCGUGCGCACCUCGGCCGGGCCAGCGCCGCGGGGACCCCCAGAGGACCCGGACGGCCGCCCCUUGUGCGUCUGGACUCCCGCCAGGCUGCGAACUGACCGGUGCUCCCCGCGCUGCGCCCCGCGCUGCGCUCGCCCUGAGGCCGGGGACGCCAGGAAGGGGGCCACUUUCUUUGCCCUUGUAAAUGUUUAUUUUUUAACUCUGCCCAGUACGAACUCUGCUGUGAGUGUGUGCGGGUGACGCGCCCGCGCAGAGUCGCCCACGUUGCCGGGGCUUCCUGGAGAGCCGCUCCACGCCCUUGUCCCGGGGUUUGCAACUCCGAUAUUGCACACCGCUCCACCACCGUGCCCUACAGCACACACUCGUUCACACUCACGCCGACUCACUCUCGCUGAACACUUUUAUAAUUGUUAGGCGCGGCGGACAGGACUUGGGGCGCAGCGGCUGCUGCUUCUGUGGCCAGAGGAUUGAUAUUUAUUUUUGCAUUGCGAUGGUUGAUGGCGUUUAUUUAACGAUCUUUUUACCUGAAUCUGUCUGUGAGGCUCCUGAACGGAGACGAAUAAAGUCAGUAUAUUUGCACAGUG